AUGUCGACUUCGCGCCGUGAACGUGAGCCAACAGCUGGACCAGACGCUGGACCACAGCCACCAUAUCCCCUACGAUUAGACGGGAAAGUGAUCAAAGGGUUUGGGAGAGGGAGCAGCGAGCUCGGCAUCCCAACCGCAAACAUCCCCAUCUCCGGCCUCUCUGUUGGAGGCCACUCAGACGUCGAGUCGGGAGUCUACUACGGCUGGGCCGGCCUCUCACCUAGCGAGACUCUGACACGGAGUCCGCCGCACGAGCGAUCGAGGUACACGCACUUGCCGACCUCGCUACACGAACCUCUGCUCCACGUCUCAGGGUCCAAAGCUGCAAUAACAGAAAGCGGAGCAGUCUAUCCCAUGGUUAUGUCCAUAGGCUGGAACCCAUACUAUAAGAAUACCGUCCGGAGUGUAGAAGUCCAUGUGAUGCACGAUUUCGCUCAGGACUUCUACGGGAGUCAUAUGAAUCUUGCUAUCUUGGGUUACAUUCGACCAGAGCUGGAUUAUGUGAGCAAGGAGAAAUUGAUUGAGGAUAUUGUGACGGAUAUUGAGGUUGCGGGACGGAGUCUUGCCAGGGACAAGUAUAUGGAGUUUCGAAACGAUCCAUACCUGCUGCAAUUCGAGGGCAAGGGAGAAGUUGGCAGCUGA